UGUACAUUUUUAUUUUUAGGGGUGGCAUGACAAAAGCUCAUUUUCAUUUAACCUAUGGCCCAACUUUGAUCAGCAGACUAACAUGGCGAGUGUUCACUUUGCUGUUCUUCAUCUCGACAUAGAUUCGGUAUAUCAUUCUUUGUCUCAUGUUCCCGCGAAAUAGAUCUUUCUUUCUCAAAAUAAUUCCAUUCAUUAUAAAACCUUUGAUUAUGGGAUACGUUACUGUACUUCAUUUUGUGUGUGCAACCCAAGUACCCAACUGUUGAGUCAGUCAACUAUUUCACUUUGCUUCUCUUUGAGUCAUUUUCACAAACACCUUUUGCUCAAGGCUUAAAUUAUUGAAUCGUCAUAUUUUUUCAUCCAAUCUGGAUGUAUUGAUUUCCUUAUUUUUCAAUCAUGAUCAGAGUCAGAUCUAACCUAUCUGUUUUCUCUGUUGUGCUGUUACGGGUAAGGCAAAACCCAGUCACUGUUAAUCACUGUGAUAUGGUUCAAAAGCCUCUUGUGAAUGGUUCUUUCAAUGAUUUUGACUAUCUAACCAAUGACACUUUUUUAGCUACACCAAAAUUUGGUUUCUUAGUUAGGUUCUUUUCUACUGAAUCCUCAACCAAAAGCCUUGGAAUGUCCACUAAUGCUCCUGCAUUGGGAUUGGAUGAGACCUUGAGUGAUGAAGACGAUGAUGAUAAUGACGACGACAAGGAUGAUUGUGAUAAGAAUAGUUCUCAGUUACAUUUAAUGGAUGAUGAUUUUGUCCAAGAUGUUAAGACCAUUAUGGAUAUAAUUGACGAACCGGGUUCUGGACCACAUGAAAUUAAGCAGAAGCUUGAGCAUUGCAGUGUUAAGGCAUCAUCAGAGUUGGUUGUGGAGGUUCUUUCCAGAAUUCGCAAUGAUUGGGAAGCCGCUUUCACUUUUUUCUUGUGGGCAGGGAAGCAACCAGAGUAUACUCAUUCGGUUCGCGAAUACCAUUCAAUGAUAUCUAUCCUGGGUAAAAUGAGGAGGUUUGAUACUGCUUGGGCAUUAAUCGAAGAAAUGAGAGGAAAGAGAACUGGUCAAUCUCUUGUUACUCCACAGACUCUCUUGAUUAUGAUAAGGAAAUACUGUGCUGUUCAUGAUGUUGGUAGGGCUAUAAACACUUUCUAUGCUUUUAAACGGUUUAACAUUCAAGUUGGAUUGUAUGAAUUUCAAGGCCUUCUUUCUGCGCUUUGCCGAUACAAGAAUGUGCAAGACGCUGAACACUUAUUGUUCUGCAACAAAAAUGUUUUCCCACCUGACACCAAAAGCUUUAACAUCAUUCUUAAUGGAUGGUGCAAUUUGAUCGUCAGCGCGCGCAAUGCAGAAAGGAUUUGGGAGGAAAUGAGUAAGAGAGGAGUUAAACAUGACGUUGUCUCCUAUGCGAGUAUCAUAUCUUGCUAUUCAAAAUCUUCUAAACUUUAUAGGGUGCUCCAGCUGUUUGAACAAAUGAAGAAAAGGAAUAUCACUCCUGAUAGAAAGGUUUAUAACGCGGUCAUUUUUUCUCUUGCGAAGAAUAGGCUUGUGAAAGAAGCUAUAAAUCUUAUUGGAACAAUGGAAGACAGCAAUGUCACUCCAGAUGCCAUUACUUACAACUCCCUGAUCAAGCCACUCUGCAAAAACCGCAAAAUGGAUGAAGCAAAAGAAAUUUUCGAUGAGAUGUUGAAGCGACGCAUAUCCCCGUCUAUUCGGACUUUUCAUGCUUUCUUCCGAAUAUUAAGAGUCAAAGAAGAAGUAUUUGAGCUUUUGGACAAAAUGAAAGAGCAUGGGUGCAACCGAACUAUUGAGACUUAUAUAAUGUUGAUAAGGAAGUUUUGCCGGUGGCGCCAACUUGAUGAAGUCAAUAAGAUAUGGAAUGCAAUGAGGGAAGAUGGAAUCGGCCAUGAUCGUAGCUCGUAUAUUGUACUGAUUCAUGGCCUGUUUCUGAAUUGUAAGGUAGAGGAAGCAUACAAAUACUAUAUAGAAAUGCAAGAGAAAGGUUUCCUUCCUGAACCAAAGACAGAAAAUAUGCUUCAGGCAUGGCUUUCUGGGAAACAAGUAACAGAGGGCCAGGUUACAGAUUUAGAACACAAUCAAUUGGAAUGUGGUAAUCUUAAAAAUAAUGUAAAACCUAUACCAAGUAAAUUUGAUAAAGAAAAAGCUUUUCUUCGGGAACCUGAGACCAGAAGCGUAACAAGAGAAGGAGGUUUUUCUUUCUGGGAGAAGUAAAUCCUUAUCUAACAUGAAGUUCAAUUGCACUUCCUUUGUCUAUGAUGAAGGUAACAACACUUGUUGGCCACUAUACUUUUCAAACUUGAUUGUAUGCUCCAAACAGGUGUUGGUUGGUAUGCGUUUUUCUUGUUUUUCAUCCAGACUUCAAUUGGUUAGCCAGGUUUGUUAAUUGUUACACAAUUGGAAACUUUGGGUUAAUUUGUAAUAAUCUAAAUGUCAUCUCUUUUUAAUUACUACUUGGUUAACCAUUGUAAUAUGGAAGCUGAAUUUAGGUGCUUUUAUGUAUCUUUAAGCGCAUUGCCAAUAGUUGAAUAAAUUUAGAGUUCUUAACUUACUUUUACUCGGCCCAACAAUGCUACACCAAUAUUAUGAACAUCAGCGUCUUUUCA